UUCAAAAAAUAUAAUCUUAGUGAAUGCAUUGAAAAUUUAACAUGAUAUGGUUGAAUUAAUACUUUGAUAAAACAAUAUUUUUGAAUUUGGAUCCGUGUUUUGAUUGAUUUGUAUGGAAAACACUCGCAUGAUCAGGAGGUCUCUGUCCUAUUAUCCGAUUUGUUCAUUCUCAUAAAAUAUUGUUCAAGCAUUAGAGUCAGGGUUUUUUUUUCUCAUAAAAUAACUAUGAAUAAGAUAAUGAAACUAUGUUUUGUUCUUAGAAAGCCAACUAACAGAGAUUAGUCCAUCAGGACCAGCCCCAACUAUUGCAACUGAACUCAACGCCAAUACCGGUGAUGAUCUUCUACCGACUAACUGCGGCAAAACGUUGAGAAAUCGCAUCUCCAGAGGCAACGCGACAAAGGUUUUCGACUAUCCGUGGAUGGCAGUGCUGCGGUACAAAGGCGAAGACACGAAUUUUGAAGACAAGUGCGUCGGCUCUAUCAUCCACCGACGAUACAUUUUAACGGCGGCCCAAUGCCUCUGGCAUAAAACUGGGAUUAAAGUUGAUCAUGUUAUUCUGGGAGAACACAACAAAAAUACUGAUAUCGACUGUAACGUCUUUAAAGGUCCCGGUGGAGAAGAAAUUGAACGAGAAUGCGCUGAUCCGGUGCAACGGUACGAAGUGGAAUCCAGUGUCUAUCAUCCAAACUUUAACAUUUCGCAAUAUACCAACGACAUUGGACUGAUUCGUCUAGCCACAGAAGUGAGCUGGGAGUGUAAGUUUGCUCUAAAAUGUUACUUUAAAUAUUCAGUAACCCGCUUUAUUUCUACCCAUUUAGACAACAUCCAGCCAAUCUGUCUUCCGGUGACGCCACAACUUCGCGUGAGACUUUUCAAGGAAUUCAUCGUCACGGGGUGGGGUUCAAACGAACGCUAUCAACAGCAUCAAGUCCUUCAGGAAGCGGUUCUUCCCUUGGCCAGCAAUGCCGAUUGUCAGCAGCGAUCGAGCAUUGAACUGACGGAGAGGCAGCUUUGUGCUGGAGGUGGACUUCGGGUACAAACGGGAGGUGGAGACGGAGGCGGUCCCUGGGUUACGCCACCAACUACAACGGAGCCAUGCGUUUUGUGCAAUUUGGUGUUGCUUCGCUUGGGGUGGAAACCGGCGACGAAAAAUACAGGUACACAAUUUUUACCCGCGUGGCCAGUUUCAUGGACUGGAUAGUGGAGAAUAUC